AGCGCCGAGCGCAGCCCAGGAGCGGCAGCAGCUCGGCGCUCGGGGACCCGCGCCCAUGCCCGUGCCCAUGCCGGGCCAACGCCAGUGACGCCUGAGAGGUGUCUCCCGCACUCGCCGGGGCUCCCACCGCUGCUAGGAGUGACCCACGCAGGCCGCAGAGAUGGCCGGGGCCUCCGUGAAGGUGGCUGUGCGCGUCCGCCCCUUCAAUUCCCGUGAGAUGAGCCGCGACUCCAAGUGUAUCAUCCAGAUGUCAGGAAGCACCACCACCAUCGUGAACCCUAAGCAGCCCAAGGAGACACCAAAAAGCUUCAGCUUCGACUAUUCCUACUGGUCACACACCUCCCCGGAAGACAUCAACUACGCCUCGCAGAAGCAGGUGUACCGGGACAUCGGUGAGGAGAUGCUGCAGCACGCCUUCGAGGGCUACAACGUCUGCAUCUUCGCCUACGGGCAGACCGGGGCCGGCAAGUCCUACACCAUGAUGGGCAAGCAGGAGAAGGACCAGCAGGGCAUCAUCCCGCAGCUCUGCGAGGACCUGUUCUCCCGCAUCAAUGACACCACCAAUGACAACAUGUCCUACUCCGUGGAGGUCAGCUACAUGGAGAUUUACUGCGAGCGUGUCCGUGACCUCCUGAACCCCAAGAACAAGGGCAACCUGCGUGUGAGGGAGCACCCGCUGCUGGGGCCCUACGUGGAGGACCUCUCCAAGCUGGCAGUCACCUCCUACAAUGACAUCCAGGACCUCAUGGACUCGGGGAACAAGGCCCGGACAGUGGCGGCCACGAACAUGAAUGAGACCAGCAGCCGCUCCCACGCCGUCUUCAACAUCAUCUUCACUCAGAAGCGCCACGAUGCAGAGACCAACAUCACCGCAGAGAAGGUGAGCAAGGUCAGCCUGGUGGACCUGGCCGGGAGCGAGCGUGCCGACUCCACGGGGGCCAAGGGCACGCGCCUCAAGGAGGGAGCCAACAUCAACAAGUCCCUGACCACCUUGGGGAAAGUCAUCUCUGCUCUGGCCGAGAUGGACUCGGGGCCCAACAAGAACAAGAAAAAGAAGAAGACGGAUUUCAUUCCAUACCGGGACUCAGUGCUGACCUGGCUCCUCCGGGAAAACCUGGGCGGGAACUCGAGGACAGCGAUGGUGGCCGCGCUGAGCCCCGCAGACAUUAACUACGACGAGACGCUGAGCACCCUGAGGUAUGCGGACCGGGCCAAGCAGAUCCGCUGCAACGCCGUCAUCAAUGAGGACCCCAACAACAAGCUGAUCCGUGAGCUGCAGGACGAGGUCGCCCGGCUGCGGGACCUGCUGUGCGCCCAAGGGCUCGGCGACAUCGCUGACACCAACACUGUGCCCGGAGGACCCAAAUACGUGUCCGACCUUGAGAACAAUAACCGUAACCGUGGCGGGGCGGAGUUGAGUCAAGCCCCUGACAAUCUCUCCACAGUGACCAACGCCCUGGUGGGCGUGAGCCCCUCGUCCUCGCUGUCGGCCCUGUCCAGCCGCGCUGCCUCCGUGACCAGCCUGCACGAGCGCAUCUUGUUUGCCCCGGGCAGUGAGGAGGCCAUCGAAAGGCUGAAGGAGACGGAGAAGAUCAUAGCUGAGCUCAACGAGACCUGGGAGGAGAAGCUGCGGCGGACGGAAGCCAUUAGGAUGGAGAGGGAGGCGCUGCUGGCCGAGAUGGGCGUGGCCAUGAGAGAGGAUGGCGGCACCUUGGGGGUGUUCUCCCCCAAGAAGACACCACAUCUUGUCAACCUGAACGAGGACCCACUGAUGUCCGAGUGCCUCCUCUACUACAUUAAGGAUGGUGUCACCAGAGUGGGCCGGGAGGACGCGGAGAAGAGACAGGACAUCGUGCUGAGCGGGCACUUCAUCAAGGAGGAGCACUGUGUCUUCCGGAGCGACUCCCGAGGGGGCAGUGAAGCUGUGGUGACCCUGGAGCCCUGUGAGGGGGCGGACACCUACGUCAACGGCAAGAAAGUCACGGAGCCCAGUGUCCUGCGGUCAGGAAACCGCAUCAUCAUGGGGAAGAGCCACGUGUUCCGGUUCAACCACCCCGAGCAGGCGCGGCAGGAGCGUGAGCGCACGCCCUGCGCCGAGACGCCCGCCGAGCCCGUGGACUGGGCCUUCGCCCAGCGGGAGCUGCUCGAGAAGCAGGGCAUCGACAUGAAGCAGGAGAUGGAGCAGAGACUCCAGGAGCUGGAGGACCAGUACCGCCGGGAGCGCGAGGAGGCCACCUACCUGCUGGAGCAGCAGAGGCUGGACUACGAGAGCAAGCUGGAGGCCCUGCAGAGGCAGAUGGACUCCAGGUACUACCCGGAGGUGACCGAGGAGGAGGAGGAACCAGAGGAUGAAGUCCAGUGGACGGAGCGGGAGUGUGAGCUGGCUCUGUGGGCCUUCCGGAAGUGGAAGUGGUACCAGUUCACGUCCCUGCGGGACCUGCUGUGGGGCAACGCCAUCUUCCUCAAGGAGGCCAACGCCAUCAGCGUGGAGCUCAAGAAGAAGGUCCAGUUCCAGUUUGUCCUCCUCACGGACACGCUAUACUCCCCCCUGCCCCCGGACCUGCUGCCCCCAGAGGCUGCCAGAGACCGAGAGACUCGCCCCUUCCCCCGCACCAUUGUGGCCGUGGAGGUCCAGGACCAGAAGAACGGGGCCACCCACUACUGGACGCUGGAGAAACUCAGGCAGCGCCUGGACCUGAUGCGGGAGAUGUAUGACCGGGCGGCGGAGGUGCCCUCCAGCGUCAUCGAGGACUGUGACAACGUAGUGACCGGCGGAGACCCCUUCUACGACCGCUUCCCCUGGUUCCGGCUGGUGGGCAGUUCAGCCCUCUCUGGCUGCAACAGCUACCCUCUUCUCAACACAUGCAUGAGCGAGCGCAUGGCUGCUCUCACCCCCUCCCCCACCUUCUCGAGCCCCGACUCCGACGCCACCGAGCCUGCCGAGGAGCAGAGCGUGGGGGAGGAGGAGGAGGAGGAGGAGGAGGAGGAGGAGGACCUGGAGGACGACGUCUUUCCGGAGCACGUGCUGUGCGACGGCCGGGACCCGUUUUACGACCGGCCCCCCCUGUUCAGUUUAGUAGGAAGGGCCUUCGUGUACCUGAGCAACCUGCUGUACCCCGUGCCCCUGGUGCACCGUGUGGCCAUCGUCAGCGAGAAGGGCGAGGUGAAGGGCUUCCUCCGCGUGGCCGUCCAGGCCAUCUCAGCUGAUGAAGAGGCCCCUGAUUAUGGCUCCGGUGUCCGCCAGUCGGGAACUGCCAGAAUUUCCUUUGAUGACCAGCACUUUGAGAAGUUCCAGUCUGAGUCCUGCCCCGUGGUGGGGAUGUCGCGCUCCGGGACCUCCCAGGAGGAGCUGCGGAUCGUGGAAGGCCAGGGCCAGGGCGCAGACUUGGGGCCCUCGGCCGACGAGGUCAACAACAACACGUGCUCGGCAGCCGUAACCCCGGAGGGCCUCCUGGACAGUCCGGAGAAAGCCGCCCUGGACGGGCCCCUGGACGCCACCCUGGACCAUCUCAGCCUGGGCACCACCUUCACCUUCCGUGUGACUGUCCUGCAGGCGUCCAGCAUUUCUGCUGAAUAUGCCGACAUCUUCUGCCAGUUCAACUUUAUCCAUCGCCACGACGAGGCCUUUUCUACGGAGCCCCUGAAGAACACAGGGCGGGGGCCCCCACUCGGCUUCUACCACGUCCAAAAUAUUGCGGUGGAGGUAACCCGGUCCUUCGUCGAGUACGUCAGGAGUCAGCCCAUCGUCUUCGAGGUCUUCGGCCACUACCAGCAGCACCCGUUCCCGCCCCUCUGCAAGGACGUGCUCAGCCCCCUGAGGCCCUCACGGCGCCAUUUCCCACGUGUCAUGCCACUGUCCAAGCCAGUGCCCGCCACCAAGCUCAGCACACUGACGCGGCCCUGCCCAGGGCCCUGCCACUGCAAGUACGACCUGCUCGUCUACUUUGAGAUCUGUGAGCUGGAGGCCAAUGGCGAUUACAUCCCUGCAGUGGUGGACCACCGUGGCGGGAUGCCUUGCAUGGGGACCUUCCUGCUCCACCAGGGCAUCCAGAGACGGAUAACUGUGACCCUGCUGCACGAGACAGGCAGCCACAUCCACUGGAAGGAAGUGCGCGAGCUGGUUGUGGGUCGCAUCCGAAACACCCCGGAAACAGACGAGUCUCUGAUCGACCCCAACAUCCUGUCUCUCAACAUCCUCUCGUCUGGUUACAUCUACCCGGCCCAGGACGACCGGCAGUUUCUUGAUUCGGACAUGCCUAGGACCUUCUACCAGUUCGAGGCUGCGUGGGACAGCUCCAUGCACAACUCCCUCCUGCUGAACCGGGUCACCCCUUACCGAGAGAAGAUCUACAUGACCCUCUCUGCUUACAUUGAGAUGGAGAACUGCGCGCAGCCGGCCGUCAUCACCAAGGACUUCUGCAUGGUCUUCUACUCCCGCGACGCCAAGCUGCCCGCUUCGCGCUCCAUCCGCAACCUGUUUGGCAGUGGGAGCCUGCGGGCCUCAGAGAGCAACCGCGUGACGGGCGUGUAUGAGCUCGGCCUGUGCCGCGUGGCCGAUGCAGGCAGCCCAGGGAUGCAGCGCCGGCGCCGGCGGGUGCUGGAUACGUCUGUGGCCUACGUCCGAGGCGAGGAGAACCUGGCAGGCUGGAGGCCGCGGAGUGACAGCCUCAUCCUGGACCACCAGUGGGAGCUGGAGAAGCUGAGUCUCCUGCAGGAGGUGGAGAAGACCAGGCACUACCUGCUGCUGCGAGAGAAGCUGGAGGCUGCCCAGCGGCCCGGCCCCGAGGCGCCGUCCCCCGCCUGCAGCGAGGACUCCGAGGCCCGCAGCUCGUCCAGCGCCUCCUCCCCGCUCACAGCUGAGGGCCGGCCAUCGUCCCUGGAGGCUCCCAACGAGAGGCAGCGGGAACUGGCCGUUAAGUGCUUACGGCUCCUCACCCACUCCUUCAACAGAGAGUACACCCACAGCCACGUCUGCAUCAGCGCCAGCGAGAGCAAGCUCUCAGAGAUGUCUGUCACCCUGCUCCGGGACCCAUCCAUGUCCCCUCUGGGGGCGGCCACGCUCACCCCCUCCUCCACCUGUCCCUCUCUGGUCGAAGGGCGGUACGGAGCUGCUGACCUGAGGACCCCACAGCCCUGCUCCCGGCCGGCCAGCCCAGAGCCGGAGCCCCUGCCGGAGGCAGAUUCUAAGAAGCUCCCCUCCCCAGCCCGGGCCGCAGAGGCCGACAAGGAGCCCCAGCGCCUGCUGGUUCCUGACAUCCAGGAGAUCCGGGUCAGCCCGAUCGUGUCCAAGAAGGGGUACCUGCACUUCCUGGAGCCGCACACAGCCGGCUGGGCCAAGCGUUUUGUGGUGGUGCGGCGGCCCUACGCCUACAUGUACAACAGCGACAAGGACGCCGUGGAGAGGUUUGUGCUCAACCUCUCCACCGCCCAGGUCGAGUACAGCGAAGACCAGCAGGCAAUGCUCAAGACCCCCAACACGUUUGCGGUGUGCACGGAGCACCGCGGCAUCCUGCUGCAGGCCAACAGCGACAAGGACAUGCACGACUGGCUGUACGCUUUCAACCCGCUCCUGGCCGGGACCAUCCGGUCCAAGCUCUCCAGAAGGAGGUCUGCCCAGAUGAGGGUCUGAGUGGAGCCCUCCCGGGACAGGAAGCAGGCCCGGCCCCGCCCCCGUCUUCCUCGUGUUGUCCCCCCACCCAGCCCCGCCCCGCCCGACAGCCGGCGUGCCCCUCGUCCUGGGAACGGCGCGCUGGGCCCCACGAACCACCUCUGGCCAGGGACCUGCACACGACCUGUCGCGCUCCCAGCAGAGGCCGCGUCUGCUGUCCUUUCUUUCAGAAGGCGCCCCGGGUGGGAAGGGCCGGGAGAACCCCAACGUCGGAGGGCAUGGUCCCGGGGCGUCGAUGCCGUUCUAAUAUUUUUUUAAGCAUAGACAGACUUAUAGUUAAUACACCUUAGCUAGUGACGUUGGAACAGUCCAGUCAGAAAUUAACUACAAGACUGUGAUCUAUUUAUAAGCAUUUAUAUCUAACGCCUUCCCAUAGACGUGUAGGGUUCAGCUGGACCCACCCCAAGUCGUUCCCACGCGCACUUCCCCAGCCUCUUAGGGACGGGCAGGGCGGGGCAGCCGCCUCGGAAGGCCACGGUGAGGAGGUGCCUGGACGGGCUGGCGCCUCCUGGUUAGCACCAAGGGGGUGCUCCUGCCGGGCCAGAGCUGAGGCUUCUCCCCAGCUGCAAAUGGGGCCGCCCGGUCCUGGGGGGGUGUGUGUGUGUGCGCACGCGUGCGCACGCCAGGGGAGCGGAUGUCUGAAGUCCGAGCAGUGUAGAAGGUGGUGCGUGUUACUUCUAGCAGGAGGCAGGGUCCACGUCUCACCUGGGCGCGUGUGGAAGGUGAGGCAGACAGGUGCCUGGCUGUGGCGCCGUCCUUGUGGGGUCCAGGAGGCAGAAGGGUCAGGAUUCCACUGGCCUAUGUCGUGUGUCCAGGCCAGCUGGGUGCAGGGGCUGUUUACAGGUGGUCCAGGCCGCGAGGGGCUUUUGGUGCAGCAUCUCCAGCUGCUGUGAGAUGUGGGGUGAACUCCAGGUUGCUCCAGGGAGGAAACCGGUGACCUCCCCUCUUUGUCCCAGGAGAGGAGAGUUUCUGUGGGUCCAGUGAGAAGAUGCAAGGGGCUCGGGGGAGGGUGGCCAGCGCUGAGGUCGUCUGCCAUCAAGGGGGAUUUCUCCUCCUGUGUCUGAGAGUGUCGCCUUGUCUUGUUCUGACUUCUCAUGCCAAUAGCCACUUCGUCCCCUCUGCAGACCCCACAUCUGAUGGUUGCCCAGGAUGAGGUAAGAGUCAGCCUGGGCCGAGAGUCUGGUUUGUGUCAUGCCCAGGCCAUGAACCUUUCAGAGGAACCACGGGCCUGGGGUCUUCAGUGACCUGUUCCUGCACCCAGAGGCACACUUGGCCUCUUUUUAGCUUGAAGGAAAACAGCAACCACACCACGAGACCCGUCCCCUCCAUGGCCCCCAAGAGCAGAUGAGGGCUGACGUCCUGGACUAAAAUCAAACGUUGUCUGGAAACCAGGAGGCCUGUGCUGCCCGCAAGGUGCUCCUCAGGGGGUAGAGGCUGAGCCGCAGAGAGCUGGGGUGACAGGACUGUCUGGAAGGAGCACUUCCUCUGGCUUGUUGAAGGCUUUGAGGGCAGGGAGGAGGGACGGGUCAGGUGAGCUCUUCUAGCAUGAGUCGGUUCUGAGAGCCCCGCCUUCCCGCAGGGAGACUGGAGGUGCAGGGCCCCGGCCAUGGCCCACUCAGGCCAACCAGCCUGAGGCCACGGCCUCGGGGGAGAGGAGUCCGAGGCCCUCUCGCGCAGGGUGCAGGUGUCUGGGGCCAGCCAACCCGCAGGGCACCUGCUGAGUCGGGCAAGGCCAAGGGAAGGGGGCCCGUGGGAGGAUUUCUGGGAGUCGCCCCGAAUUCAGGAGCCUCCACAGCCAUGGAGGCCCCGGGGCUGUUCCAUCGUGGCCUGGUGCCAUCUUGGCAGGGACUAAGAGCCAGGUGUGGCCCACCUGAUGACCCCAUUUGUCAUCACUCCCCCUCUCAGGCCCGCUCCGGAGAGGGGUCCUAGAUCAGAGCCCAGACACCUGGGGCUGCUGGGGAGAGAAUUCCAAUAUGAGUUGGGAACACUGCUCGCUCAUGCCUGGUGUCACAUCAGCCCUGGGGAAGUGGUUUGGGACUCAGUUCCCACAUCUGUGAUGUAGGAGGCUGGUCUGGAUGCCCCUGCGGGUCCAAGGGUCACGGAGUGCAGAUAAGGAAGGCAGGCCUGGCUGGGGGUGGAGAGGAAGACCCGGGAGGCAGUUCAGACUGUUCUGUGUUAACGAUGCCGCUCAGGCUGCAGCCUUAUUUUGUUAGAGGGACUGCCGUUCUCGCCCCGCCGGAGAGGGCUCUCUGUCCCCUCCAGGGUGGGGUGAGCUCCUUCUGCUGUGAGAGGAGCCCCAGGGAGGGAGAUGCUGGGCCCCAGGGCAGCUGGUGCCCAGGGGUGGGUGUGGAGAGGCUCAUAAGUUCAAGGCCUCCCUGCUCUGGUUCCCUGACACUGCGUGCACGCGCGCGCACACACACGCGCACACACACACACACCCCGCCAGCGGAGGUGGCCCCCACUCAAUCCUGGUCCCCCCUUGGCACCUCUGAGGCGGGCGUGGCAAGGUGCUCAGAGAGGAUCCCUAAAUGUGGCUGGAGCGGCAGGAGUGAGCAGGGCACCACACUGGCUGUCCAUCAGCCCCCCCAGCAGGGGCCCUGAGGCGCCCUCCUUUGCCCCUGGGGCCAGGCCAGGCCUCCUCCCAGCGACAAGAGGCUGCAGCUUCUCCCAGGCCCGUGCUUCCCGUGCCAGCCGUCCCGAGUUCCCCUGUGGCUUGUACAUACGUGGUUGUGCGGCACACCCCGGCCCCCGCACCGUGACCGCCACCCGACGUAGCGACUCCCGCUCCCAGUGUCCGAAACCCGCGUGCUAGGCUCUAGGCCCCUGUGCGUGCGUGUGCGCUUCAGGCUCUGUCCAGUUACGAAAUAAACAUGGCUCUUUAUGCAGCACCAGA